AUGAAGAUGUGCACACUGCCAAAGAAAUUGAGGACUCCAUCCAGAAAUUUGCUAGACGACAAUGCGCGACCACACACAUUGAAUAAAAUGACGAGACUUGGUUGGAAAGUUUGGAUGCAUCCACCGCACACACCGGACCUUGCACCGUCUGACUAUCAUACGCUUCGAUCUCUACAAAACCCCCAUGAUCGUAAGAAAUUAGGUGUCCUGUGCGCCGCUGAAGAUCAGUUGACCAUUUUUUGCCAACAAAACAGGAAAGCUAUACCAAUAGAAGUAUGGAAUUACCAAACAAAUGGCAAAAGUUCAAAGAUAACAAUGGUCAAUAUGAACUUGACUGAAAACAAUUUCCAGGGCCGGCUGCAGAACAGCAGAAAGAAGGUUCUGCUCCUCAAGGCAAGCCGAAAGAAGAAACUCAGGCACCACAACAACCAGAGGCUCCGAAACAAGGAGCUGAACAAGGCCAACCUGCUGAACAACAACCUGCGCCCCCGGGCCAACCCGCUGAACAACAACCUGCGCCCCCAGGCCAACCCGCUGAACAACAACCUGCACCACAAGGACAACCCGCUGAACAACAACCUGCGGCACCAGCUCAAGCACAAUCGGGAGGUGGAAGCUCCAAAAGAGCCUACUGAUCCAGAUAAAGAAGCAGAUGUAGAGCCGGGUCAGUCACAAGCAGCUGCCCCUCCAGCUGAUAAACCGAAAGAAGAGCUCGGUACGGCUGAGAAGCCAAAGGAAGAAGCUCCCUCAGGUGACAAGCCAAAAGAAGAACCAGCACCUGGCGAGAAGCCAAAAGAAGAACCAGCACCAGCUGACAAGCCGAAAGAAGAACCAGCACCAGGUGACAAGCCGAAAGAAGAACCAGCACCAGGGGACAAGCCAAAAGAAGAACCAACACCAGGGGACAAGCCAAAAGAAGAGCCAACUGCACCAGCUGAACAACCAAAGGAAGCUCCAAAAGAAGGUGAGAAGCCAAAAGAAGAACCAGCACCAGGGGACAAGCCGAAAGAAGAAUCAGCGUCAGGGGAAAAGCCAAAAGAAGAGCCAACUGCGCCAGCUGAACAACCAAAGGAAGCUCCGAAAGAAGCCCCACAGAAGAACAACCCCGCUGAACAACAACCUGCGCCCCCGGGCCAACCUGCUGAACAACAACCUGCACCACAAGGACAACCCGCUGAACAACAACCUGCGGUACCAGCUCAAGAACAAUCGGGAGUGGAAGCUCCAAAAGAGCCUACUGAUCCAGAUAAAGAAGCAGAUGUAGAGCCGGGUCAGUCACAAGCAGCUGCCCCUCCAUCUGAUAAACCGAAAGAAGAGCCCGCUGCAGCUGAAAAACCACCGAAAGAUAAGGCCCGGUACCGGGGAAAGCCAAAAGAAGAGCCAACUGCGCCAGCUGAACAACCAAAGGAAGCUCCGAAAGAAGGGGACAAGCCAAAAGAAGAGCCAACUGCACCAGCUGAACAACCAAAGGAAGCUCCGAAAGAAGGUGCUGCACAAGGCCAAUCUGCUGAACAACAACCUGCGCCCCCGGGCCAACCCGCUGAACAACAACCUGCGGCACCACCUCAACCUGCUGAACAACAACCUGCACCGCCAGGCCAACCCGCUGAACAACAACCUGCGGCACCAGCUCAAGCACAGUCGGGAGUGGAAGCUCCAAAAGAGCCUACUGAUCCAGAUAAAGAAGCAGAUGUAGAGCCGGGUCAACCACAAGCAGCUGCCGGUCAGGCAGAAAAACCGAAAGAAGAGAAGGCUCCGAAACUGCAAAAGAGGGCGCUGAACAAGCUCAAUCAAGCAGCAAAUGAAGUGCCGAAACAAUCUGGUGACCAAGAGAAAGAGGCAGGAGUAGAGCCGGGACAAGCAGCUCCUGCGACACCAUCGCAGCCAUCUGAACAGCAAAAUGAGGCUCCGGCGGCACCUUCACAACCACAAGAAGCAUCUGGAGCUCCACCACAGCCACCUGAGCAGCAGAAGGAGGCGCCGCAAGAACCACCGACAGCUCAGUCUCCAAAGGAAGAAACAGCAGUGAGUUCCUUAUAA